GCUGGCUUUCACGAAUUGGGCCGCUCGGGCCGACGCUGUGGUCCAGUGGAAUGCAGCGCCUCGUCGUCGGUCACGUGGGCGCGAGGGCACCUUGUGUCGCCUCCACGGUGCCGAGAAGUCCGCAUCGUGUCGAAUGCAUGUCGUCUACUGCGUCUCUGCCCGAUAUGAUGGUGUUUGGCAUCCACCGGCCGCUGCCAAACGUAUCACACAGCGUGCUACACGCGUCGGUGAGAACGCGCCCUUGUCGUGGGGUUGUAGCGAGCCGUCGUGGAAACAAUGAGCACCAACUGACGCCAGGCCGACAAACCAUGCCGAGCCCGAUAUCCCGUCACUGGAGAUCAUACCAUCGUGGACAAUCGAGCCCACCAUGCGCCAGGACCUCCGGACCUAGCUCUUUCGCCAUCGCAAACUCCACUGCGCUGUUCGCCAUCGUCUCGAGCGUGUGAGUUCCCUCGUCGUGGGGGGAGGCGUCGCUGCGCGGCGAGCAUUCGACUCGGUCGUGCAACAUGGAUUCGUUGAAGAUGCCGCCGCGUAUGUUCGCCGCGCGCCAAUCUGUUCAAACUUGAAACGCCAGCGAUUGAAACGUCGCGCUUGGAUUGGCUAGAAAAAAAAAUGUUCCCUGCUUGGAUUGGGUUCGAGCAACGCGGGCCGUCCACGACGACGAAGGGAGCGGUGGCGGUGGGACUGAGGCCGGCCCCUCGUCGCCACAGCGGCUGUAGUUCGAGGCUCCUGCGCGAUGGAAGCGUCAUAGGAGCUAUGGGGUUCCCACGAGUCCAGUCUCUCGAGUUGGCGUCGCAAGGGCUGGCGUCCUCGUGGCGUUGCAGUAACAUUUCCGACCUGACUGUGUCCUUGGACAACCAACAAACACACUUGGCGCGCGGUCGAGAGCAGUCGACAUGGCGGCGGUCGAGUACUCGGUGCAACAGGUCGACAACUGCCGGUUCACGUCGUGGUACGACGAGUUGCGCGCCCACAGCAUCCGCAGCAUCUCGAUCCCGGUUCCAGAAGAGUUUGUCGCGAGUUUGCUGGAAGACCGGAUCUGUGCCCAAGAAGAUUUGUACCCGGCGACGUUUGUCCGCGCUGUGAAGGACGGGAUCGAUCGAUUGGGUGGACGUGUGUUUGUCAAGCUGGAUUGGAGUAGUCCCAAGGACGCCAAGUGGAUCAUGGGCAACUCGCUGUGUUGCACGUCGUUCGAAGACGUGUUGACGUUGCUCAAGGCGUCCGACUUCAUCGUGCACGACCUGACGCUCGCGUACGACGGAUGCUACGACAAAGACGUUGUCGGGAAGACGCGCCCCGACACGUUCCAUUUGGUGUUGAAGAAGUGGUGCAACUUUUUCGACUCGAUGCACUUUCGGUGCUUUGUCGGCCGCCAUUCGAAACUCCUUGGCAUUUGCCAGCGCAACUGCACCCAAGUGUACGAUUUCCUUGCGUCCGACUCAACCCAAGACGCGGUAUGCGACGCGAUCGAGACGUUCUUCGAGGCGCACUUGUCGACAUCGUCCGUCCUCCCGGACCCCAACUACGUCUUUGACGUGUACGUUGACAAGGACCACAACGUGUACCUCCUCGACGUGAAUGUGUUUGGCGCCGUGACGGAUCCACUGCUGUUCACGUGGGACGAACUCCAUCGCGCGCUCGUCGCAGACGAAGACAGACACGGCGUCGAUUUUCGCGUCGCAACGCCCGAGAGUGCCGCCAGAUUUGCAGAUCCGUACGGCCAGUACCGCGUGCCGGUGGAUUUGGUACAUCAUUUGGCCCAACCGGGUGGGUUCGAUGACUUUAUUCGCCAAGUUGCUCACGACAACAUACAACGUCCCAACGGCGACGACGAUGCGUCGGACGACGACGGGUCGUGGUCGGACCAAGAUGCAGCGUCAACCUAUUGAGCCACUUCGGGGCGCCGUUGAUGCGUCUUGAACAGGCUGCUAUCGCCUGUGUUGGCAUGGCGUGCAUGGGCCGAUUCGUUUGGUCCAGGAACGACGAGCGCUGCAACCCGUCCAUGCGUACAAGCAAUAAAAUGGAGGGACUUCGAGAUAUGCUCAAGAGGUUAUGUCUGAAUAAAUAGAUCAUUCGCCCAACGCCGCGAGCGUUUGCCGUUUGUGC